AUCUUGCACCCUCCUCUCUACAGGAAACAUUACAGUACAUAAGGGUUUGAGUCACAGGCUUAAAAGACAGUUAGCCAUGGCUUCAAGUCAUCGAAUAGCUACCAUGUUGGCAAGUUAAUGUCCAACAACAACACAUCAGAGAAAUAGGAACUAAAACCCUGUACAUACCAGAGGAAAGAUGUUUGUCUAUAUCUGUAAAAGGACCAAUACAUUUGUUGUAAUUUUGAGGAAUAGGUCAAGUUUGACCAGAUGUCAUGAUUUUGUCACCCUAACAAGCUUAUAAACUUAGAUGAAGUGAUCAUAUAUUGCCCCUUCAGUUAAUUGAUGACAAUACCAUAUAAUGUCUGCUCCUCACCUGGACGGCUGCCCACAUUCACCUCCACCUCACACAGUGACAGGUCUUUAUUGCAGCCCGGCAAGAAGACGUUCACAUAGCGACCCUCGAUCCCUCUGCACUGAAAGGUCAUGACCUCCCACGCGGAAUAUGAGGACAUCACAGCGCACCUAAAGAAGGAAAUCGUAUAAUCAGGCUUUUGAUCUCAAAUCAUAAACAUCAAAUGCGCUCUGUGUUUUAGUGUUUUAAAUAAGUCAAUAUUUGCUGACGAGCUUCCUCACAAUGGAUUGUUGUUGCCGUUAUUCUGCAGAUAGUUUCUAAAGUGGAUUUCAGCACCAUCGAUCAUCUCUGGAUCAACGUCUUCAAUGUUGGUGACUGUUAUGGAGGUAACGUUGUAAGUUCGCUGCAAGUCCACCCUCCACCAUGGGUUGACUUGGGACUUGGUGCGGCUGCAUGAUUUGUCUUUGUGCAUGGAGAGGCGUCUUCCAUCUACGACAUUGUCAGAGACCCCAUGUAGGAGUUCUGUGAGGAUUGACCAGUAGUUUUCUUUAAGGCAACAUGGUAUUUAAGGAAAUAGAAGGUUUACACUUACCAAUACAGUACAAAGAUCUAUGAAUUUAUGCAACAUACUUAUGUGUCACCAGGUUGUUCCACUGAGUCUUCACAACACUCAAGGCCGUCUUAGUGUUUCUGUGAAGCUUCCUCAUGUCUUAUGAACAUACUCAUGAGCAUACUGUACAAGGAAUACAAAAAGUGCAGUUCACACAAAAAGUACAGAGAUUGGAAUAAGAUGACUAAAUGUGACUUGCCUGUGUCAGGGCUUUGUAUAUGUAAUGCUCCAUGGCACAGUCUUGUUGGCCACUUUUGAAAAGUAAACAGUUCUUUGUACAUUGCGAACAUAGUGACUCAGAGGUCAAUGGACCCUUCCUAUGUUCAAUCCAUUUUUGCCAGUCUCUGAGGACCUAAAGGAAUCCCCUCUAAUGCAGAGCAUGCAAACACAAUACAUACACACAAGAUGAAAGAAGUUACUCCCUACUGGGGAUUCUGGGAAUGGGAAGGGGAUCUAAAGAUGAAUUAGGUUGGUAAACCCCCUUACCUUGUUGGGUCCCAUGGGAAUCUAUUUUCUAUUGUUCUGUAUGUAAAGUUAACGCAUAAAAAUAGUGUCAUUAUUUCAAAAGUGGAUCUUUAAAUACAGUCUUUAAAAACUAUUUUAUAACAUAUAAGAAGAUUAUCAGCUGGUAACAUGAUUUAUGGUUGAUCUGUGUGCUGAAUAGCUAUCCUCAUUAUUCUUAUUCUGGCCCACAGUGAAUGUUGCUCUGAGCUAUCCUCAUUAUUCUCCUUCUGGCCCACAGUGUAUGUUGCUCUGGGGGGCAAAGCAGCCCAAUCCUCCACAUUCUAUGGAGGCACUGCAAAAAGAUCCAUUGAUGGAAUAUGGAACUCGACUUACGAAGAUCACUCCUGCAGCCACACUUUGGGAGAGACCAACCCCUGGUGGAGAGUGGACCUGCCGGAGACUUACCAAGUCACCUCCGUCAGUCAUCAUCACCAACAGAGAUACUUCAGCAGAGAGGAUCAACGGGGCUGAGAUCCGCAUUGGAAACUCCCUGGAGAACAAUUGUAACAGUAAUCCCAGGUAUGGCACUGCCCUUCAUCCUACAUUUUAGCUUAGUUAAAAUACCUUUGACAACUUUUACUCCACUAGAUUCCUAUUUUAUGUUUACUUUUCACUCCCAUAUAUUUUCACUGACACCCAAAAGUACUCAGGCAGGACAGCAAAAUGGUCCAAUUCACGCACUUGUAAAGAUAAUUUUACUGGGUGACUUACACUUUUACUUCUAUCUUUUUUUACUGCAGUAUAUUUACUUUUACUCAAGUAUGACAGCUAUGUACUUUUUCCACAACUGUGCUUUAAAAAGGAGGUGACGAUAGAGAACACGAGGAAUCAAUUUCUUUAAGCCCUCAGAGACUGGCAAAAAUGGAUUGAACAUAGGAAGGGUCCACUGACCUCUGAGUCACUAUGUUCGCAAUGUACAAAGAACUGUUUACUUUUCAAAAGUGGCCAACAAGACUGUGCCAUGGAGCAUUACAUAUACAGAGCCCUGACACAGGCAAAUCACAUUUAGUCAUCUUAUUCCAAUCUCUGUACUUUUUGUGUGAACUGCACUUUUUGUAUUCCUUGUACAGUAUGCUCAUGAGUAUGUUCAUAAGACAUGAGGAAGCUUCACAGACACACUAAGAUGGCCUUGAGUGUUGUGAAGACUCAGUGGAACAACCUGGUGACAUCAACCUGGCCAUUGCCCUAUUAUCAUGCUGUAGCAUACAGUACACAUGCGUAUAGUCCAAAACCACCUCUAAGUCAGUCUUAAAUGGUCAUUUAAAACUAGUUGUAUGUUUAUCUAAUCAUUUUACCAGGCUGAAUAAACUGAAUAAAUAUAGCAGCAUUGCAGAAUCACGGUUUGCCGUGUCCAAGUGGAAGAAAUGUUUCCAAUACAACAGCAGCAUCAGAUGGUUGAAAAGAGGAGCUUCAUUUCAUCUCAAAUAUUGGAAGUUAAACAAACCAAAAAUCAAGAAUACAGUAUGAUUUAAUCACUGUGUGUGUGUGUUUUUGGGGGGUUUUACUAUCCUCAUGGGGACCAGAAAUCUUAGCAUAGUAAAAUGAGGAAAAUCCAGAGAAGUGGGGUUCCCACAAGGAAAAAGCCUAUUUUAGGUUUAGUGGUUAGGUUUAGGGAUACAGUUAGGAUUAGAAUUAGGGUUAUGGGUUAGAUUUAGGAGUUAGGUUUAGGGAAAGUAGGAUUUUGAAUGGGAAUAAAUUGUUUGGUCCCCACAAGGAUAGUAAAACAAAUGUGUGUGUGUGCGUGCAUGUUUGUGCGUGCACACGUGUGUAGAUGACCAAGAUUGGGGCUCUGCUUGGCAUGUCCACCGCCUACAUUGUCCCACUGAAGAACUACUCAUCUGAGCUGGACAUUGAUGAGAACACGGACAUCCUUCUGCUCAGUGCAGUGGACCACAUCCUGCAAUAUGUGGACCUGUACUUCAGGAGAGUGCAGCAACAGAGCCUAAAAUGGUUUCUUUAAAACAAAGCUGUAAAAUGCAGUAUAACAUAAAUAUGCAUUACAUAUGCUUAUCAUGUUUUAUUAAUUGUUUUAACUAUUGUUAACUUGUUAGUCAUUGACAGCAGUCUUGCAUUGAGUAAAACUAAUAUGUAGGAGAUAUUUCAGGCCUGUGUAUAUGCUGUUGUCACGUUCCUGACCUUAUUUCCUUUGUUCAGUCUGUGUUUAGUUGAUCAGGACGUGAGCUGGGUGCGCAUUCUAUGUUUUGUGUUUCUAUGUUGGGUUUGUUGUUUGGCCUAAUAUGGUUCUCAAUCAGAGGCAGGUGUUUAUCAUUGUCUCUGAUUGGGAACCAUAUUAAGGUAGCAUGUUUGCACUGUUGGUUUGUGGGUGAUUGUUUUCUGUCUUUGUGUUCUGCACCAGAUAGGACUGUUUUCGGUUUUCACAUUUAUUGUUUUGUAGCUUGUAGUGUUCACAUUAUUAUUCUUUAUUAAACAUGUUGAACACUAGCCGCGCUGCGUUUUGGUCCUCUCCUUCAUCCCAGGAAGAAAGCUGUUACAGAAUCACCCACCAAACUCGGACCAAGCAGCGUGGUAACGGGCAGCAGCGGCAGCAGCAGCAGCAAAGUCAGGAAUUAUGGACAUGGGAGCAGAAUCUGGACUACACUACUUGGGAGGAGAUAGACAGGUGGGCGAUCGACCCAGGGAGAAUGCUGGAGCCCGCCUGGGAUUCUCUGGAGCAGUGUGAGGAGGGAUACCAGCGAAUGGAGGCAAUACGGCGAUGCGGUAGGAAGCCCGAGAGACAGCCCAAAACAUUUCUUGGGGGGUGGCUUAAGGGGAGUGUGGCGAAGUCAGGUAGGAGACCUGCGCCAACUUCCCGGGCUUACGGUGGAGAGCGAGAGUACGGGCAGACACCGUGGUAUGCGGAAGAGCGCACAGUGUCUCCUGUACGUGUGCUUAGCCCGGUGCGGUACAUCCCAGCUCCACGUAUCGGCCGGGCUAGAGUGGGCAUCGAGCCAGGUGCCAUGAAGCCGGCUCAACGCAUCUGGUCUUCAGUGCGUCUCCUCGGGCCGGUGUACAUGGCACCAGCCUUACGCAUGGUGUCCGCGGUUCGUCAGCAUAGCCCAGUGCGAGCUAUUCCACCUCGCCGCACUGGCCUGGCUACGGGGAGCAUUCAACCAGGUAAGGUUGGGCAUGCUCGGUGCUUAAGAGCUCCAGUACGCCUUCACGGUCCAGUCUAUCCGGUGCCACCUCCUCGCCCCAGUCUAGUACCACCGUUGCUAACACCACGCACCAGGCUUCCUGUGUGUCUCCAGAGCCCUGUUCCUCCACGCACUCGCACCGUGGUGUGUUACAGCUGUCUAAUAAUGUUUAACCUGUUUUGUCUACUAGAAGUACUCUCCCGGAGUUAUGGGUCACUGGCCACAUGUACACUGAGUGGACAAACUAGGAACACAUUCCCAAUAAUGAGUUUCACCCCCUUUCCCCCUCAAAACCUAAAUUCGUUGGGGCAUGGACUCUCCAAUAAUUUCAUAUGUUUAUGGUUCUUCAAACCUUGUUCGCCAUGUGCUAUGAUAUGAGGCCGGUAAGUAAUAAAGUUGCAUGCAAUAAGAUAAUCUUCAGUGAUCCCGACCAUAACUUGGGGCCCUAAUAGAAGAUAGGGCUACAACUUCAGAGGGAACAGGAUGUGGCAAAAAGAGGAUUGUUGUUCAAAGGAUGAAGGAGCGCAUAUUGCCCUAUUUACCUACCAGAAGCACAAACAACCAAAUACACAAUGGAAACAUUACAGAUUUAUUCAUUAAGUUUAUUCAUUAAUUUGGUCCCACUUUAAAUUACGUGCAGCUUAUAAAGGCUUCCUAAAACCUUCAUAAAGCCUUCAUAAUCACUACAUAAAUGUGUUACACAUCAUCUAUAACCGUAUGCCAUGCUUUGGAAAGGGUUCAUAAAUGUGGCAUAACUGUUUGCCAUAACCACCAAUGUCUAAGGGGACAAAACUCACCAUGUCAAAUAUGAUACAAACCUGUGCUUUAUAAAGGGUGGCAUGAGCACCGCUUAAUAAAGAACUUAUAAAUCAUAUUAAAUUGUGGCUUCACAAAGCAUUUAUAACCCUGUAAUACAUCUUGGUAGAACAUUGCAACGGCAGGAUAUUGGGUUCGAUUCAACACCCUAUACGUAAAAAAUGUAUUCACGUAUGAAUGUAAGUCGCUUUGGAUAAAAGUUUCUGCAAAAUGUUAUAUAUUAUAUUUCACUAAAACAUUUCUAGAAUGGCCCAAUCUCUUUCCCUCUUGGGUGCAUAGUCAAUAUUGGACUUGACUUCCCCCAAAAUGCAAAUUCAUCUUCCCCCAAAAUGCUGUGCUGCAGGAGAACACAGACUCUAAAGUUGCCUACUUCUUUUUCCCCCCUAAAUUCCGUUUUCUUGUUUUUGUUUUUCCAGGUUUCAGAUUUUCCCCAUUCUUUCUGGUUUCCCCCAGUGUUUUCACACUUUCUUAAUAGAAAAACAACGUUUAAUUUUCUGUGUUCACAACAAUUCUUAAACCACACCAGGGUUUGACUUUUAAAUUCGAGGAAAAAUCUAAGAAACUUAUAUUUUUAAGUGUAGUUGCCCUUUAAUUCAGUGAGCAUGCUCUGCACUGUUGUUUUGUUAGCAGGUUUUCUGUAGUGCAGUAAGCACACAUGAUGUGAUCUGGCCGCCAAUACAAUGGGUGGAGUAAAAGGCCGGCCACAUUCCAUAUUAUUUAGAGCCCCAUGAAGUGACACCAUGAAAUGACACCAUUCACAGCCCUGUGUAAUGUUCAAUGUAAUGGCAUUGCUGGACUUUUUGAAAUGUCAUGUAUUUGUAUUGUUUUAAAAAUGUACAAAUAAAAUAAAUGUACUGUAUGGUUUAAACAUUUCUUUCAUGUUUACUUGUUUUAUCUUUUAAUGCCAAUUCCCUAAGUGUUAAUACAGUUGUGUUAACAUCAUUAAGCCAUUAUGCAUGUGUUAUGAAUGACCAAAGGUGUCUGACGUUAUAGUAAGUACAGCGUCACAUGAUAUAAGGCAUUUAUGCAUGUGUCAUAAAUGACCAAAGUAGAUUGACUUUAAAUGAAGUACAGCGUCAUACGAAGGUGUCUCAUUUCAAACUAAUUAUUACUGGACACUACAUGAAGUGUUAAUAAAUAGGUGAUUAAAGUUCUGCUGAUUUAUUAAGUUUAUUACGUUUCUCUCAUGAUCCACAGGUUACUGAAGGGUGCGAGAGGUAUUAAGUGGGUUGAUGGACCUGCAAAGCUUGUGUUUAUGUGUCAGAACCAAGAUGAUUUGGAGUAGUCCAACCUGAGACUACUGCAUCAGCUAGUCCUCUUCUGUUCCCGUGCUGGGGACCAGGGCUUGAUUACAACAUGUUACAAUGGUGCAGACAUUUUGUGGCUGAUCUUUCAGCGGGGAAGUGGGUGAAUGUGUCAAAGACUUGACAGGGCCCAGCACUGUGCAGUAUGGCUCGUUUUUGUUGUUUGCAUGUUUGUGUAUGUAACGGAUGUGAAAUGGCUAGCUAGUUGGCGGGUACGCGCUAGUAGCAUUUCAAUCAGUUACGUUACUUGCUCUGAGACUUUAAGUAGGGUUGCCCCUUGCUCUGCAAGGGCCGCGGCCUUUGUGGAGCGAUGGGUAACGACUGUGCUUCGUGGGCGACCGUUGUUGAUGUGUGCAGAGGGUCCCAGGUUUGCGCCCGUGUCGGGGCGAGGGGACGCCGUAAAGUUAUACUGUUACAUUGAUGCUGUUGACCCGGAUCACUGGUUGCUGCGGAAAAGGAGGAGGUUGAAAGGGGGGGUGAGUGUAACGGAUGUGAAAUGGCUAGCUAGUUAGCGGGUACGCGCUAGUAGCAUUUCAAUCAGUUACGUCACUUGCUCUGAGACUUUAAGUAGGGUUGCCCCUUGCUCUGCAAGGGCCGCGGCUUUUGUGGAGCGAUGGGUAACGACGCUUCGUGGGUGUCAGUUGUUGAUGUGUGCAGAGGGUCCCUGGUUCGCGCCCGUGUCGGGGCGAGGGGACGACGUAAAGUUAUACUGUUACAUGUACUGAGGAACAUGUAACUUGGUUCCAGAAGAAAGAUACUUUCAAUUUCUUUAUUGAUUGGGGUCUUUCAUCAAUGGAAGUGUUUCUUUGUGUAAUGUUGUUCCCAGGCUAUUGCUCACACAGCACAUUGAAGCCUGGGAUAUCAACCAUUCAAAAUUGGGCUUAGUGGGAGUGACCAUAGAAUUCUAUAGCAGUGACCUUACUGAGUAAAGUAUUUGUCAUCGUCACUCCUUAACAGAGUCAAAAAGUCAUCAUUUUGGCUAAACCCUGCCCAUUUCCACACUUUAUCUUGUUAAAAUGUGAUUUGAAACCUAACCCUGACUAAUGAAGGCCAAGUUUGAUGCAAUGGUCCAUCAGACCUUCUGAGCAUUUGGGCGGAAGUGUCUGGGAACGAGAUUAGGUGUAAUGUGACUAAGAUGACAUCCCUUUAGAGCUUUUGCCAUCCUUCAGCACGUUACCCUUUAUAAAGCACAUGUUAAUAUCAUAUUUGACUUAGUGGGUUAUAUCACAUAUGAUAUAGGUGAUUAUGUCACACAGUUAUGCCACAUUUAUGAACCCUUUAUAAAGCAUGACAUAUGGUUAUAGAUGCUUUGUAAACAUUUAUGUACUGCUUGUGAAUGCAUUUUUAAGGCUUUAUGAAGCCUUUAUAAUCUGAACGUCAUUUAAAGCGGGACCAUUAAUUCUAACAUAAUAGUAGUAUUAUUACAGCUGUCAUGACGUUGCCUGUUUAGGUACAUAAAAGCCCAUUCCCCUCUCCCUGCCACUCCCUGCCUCCCCCUUUCCUCCUUCAACCCAUGCUGUGAUCACAGAGAGACGUCGUAAAUUCCUGAGAGUCUCCUCAUGGCCAAACAGUAUUAGAGAGAGGGUAAACUUUCAGGACAAAGAGGUUUCUUCCACCUCACAGAACUUGAGGUACGAACGGAUUUCAUGUUCCGGAGGAGGUAUGGAAGAUCGGUGAAGAGUCCAGC